AUGGAAGAGAAGCAUGGAAAUCAACAGGAGGAAUGGCACCAUGGAAACUUCCCAGUGAGCAGAGCCUUCCUUUGUGAGGAAGGUGAGCAGAAUUCAUAUGACGGUACUUUGCAGUGUAGGAAAACAACAGUCACCGAUAAUGAGGAACAAUGGCCUCAUGGCUUCAGCGUUCCUGAAAACCAGCAGGUGCUGGUGAAGGGUAAACUGCAUUGUGGGAAAAUCUCAAACCACAAAGUAUCCCUCAUUCCACAUGAAGGACCCCAAACGGGAGGGAAAUCAUACAUCUGUUCCGAGUGUGGGAAAAGUUUUGGCUGGAGGACGAAUCUUGUGAAGCACAAAAGAAUCCACACAGGAGAGAAGCCGUACAAAUGUUCAAUCUGCGGCAAAAGUUUCAACGCAAAAUCCACCCUGAUUAAGCACGAGAGGUCCCACACUGGAGAGAAGCCGUAUGAAUGCUCAGAGUGUGGGAAAGCCUUUGGUGAAAAAGGGAUACUUGUUAAGCAUAUGAGAAUCCACACAGGAGAGAAGCCACAUCAAUGCUCGGACUGUGGGAAAAGCUUCACUGAGAGAGGUGCCCUAAUUAAACAUGAAAGGACGCACACAGGAGAGAAGCCGUAUGAAUGUUCGGACUGUGGGAAAACCUUUAGGAUCAGCUGUCACCUUAAACUUCAUAAAAGAACACACACUGGUGAGAAACCGCAUAAGUGCUCAGAUUGUGGGAAAAGCUUCAGUGAGAGAGCUUCUCUCGUGAAACACGAGAGAACCCACACAGGAGAGAAGCCAUAUGAAUGCUCUGAGUGUGGGAAAAGCUUCCGGAUCAGUUUCCAGCUCGUGAUACAUAAAAGGACGCACACGGGUGAGAAGCCGCAUGAAUGUUCGGACUGUGGCAACAGCUUCAGGGAGAUAGCCUCUCUUAUCAAACACAAGCGAACCCACACAGGAGAGAAGCCGUACGAAUGCUCCGAGUGUGGGAAGAGCUUUCGGACCAGUUUUCAACUGAAAACUCAUAAAAGAACACACACUGGUGAGAAGCCGUACCAUUGCUUGGACUGUGGGCAAAACUUCAGCCAGAGAUCCCGUCUUGUUAUACACGAGAGGACUCACACGGGAGAAAGACCUUAUGGGUGCUCAGAGUGUGGGAAGAGCUUUGUUUCUAGCUCUCACCUUAGAAAACACGCUGUGGUACACACGGGCGAGAAACCGCAUACAUGCUCGUACUGUGAGAAAAGCUUCAGUAAGAAAUCAAACCUUGUUGUACAUGAGAGGAUACAUACUGGAGAGAAACCGUACAAAUGCACAGUGUGUGAAAAACGAUUCUGUAGCUCCUCAGUUUUUCACAGGCACAUGAAGAUCCACCCUGGAGAACCGUCAUUAGGACAUAACAAGUUGUAGGAAAGGCUACGUCAGGAAAACCCAGAGAG